AUGUCAGCAAUAACCCUCCGUCCAGCAACACCCGAUGACCUCCCAGCAAUAGCCCAAAUCGGCAUCGACACCAACAUCUCCUUCCCAAUCUACUCCAUCGGCCUCGCCCCACCCGCCGACGCAUUCGUCGUCUCCCUCGCUCGCACCAAACACUUCUUCGCUCAACCCUAUUAUCACUUCACCGUCGCCGUUGAGGCAAACUCUCCAGCUGAAGUGGUGGCCUAUAUAUGUUUCAAAGAUGGAGGAGAGUUCGAAGAGGCUCCCUUUCAGCCCGACCUCCCCGAAGGCGCGAACGUAGCUUUUAUGGAAUAUUUUCUCGGCACGAGUGGUGAGCAUAAGAAUACGCUACCAAUUAAAAUGUUGCCAGAACUGGAGAUGCUGGAUGUGAGAACGGGGUAUCAGAGGAAGGGGAUCGGGAAGAUGUUAGUGGAGGAAGUGGUGAAAAUUGUGGAUGGGAGGGGGGAGGGGUGCUAUGUGCACAGUUCGAGGAUGGGAAAGGGGCUUUAUGAGAAGUUUGGGUGGAGAGCGCUGAAUGAGAAGGGGUUUGGGAUGGAGUUGGUGCAGUUUGGGGAGCGGGAGCCGUUUGUGACUUGGGAUAUGGUGAGGGAGGUUGGGGGUGCUGUGGGUGGUAGGAAAGAGGAAUGA